GCCGUGAAACUUUUGAGCUGAAAGUCAUUUGAAGGAUAAAAGUUCCUUUCAUAUUCGAGGUAAGAGGAUUUUGCGAAUCAAAAUUAUUUUGUUUUUUUCUUCUUCUCCUUCUGAUAUCCUUUUUGACGGUUGGUUAGUAAAUGAUUCAAUUUAAAUGACCUUGCUUGUCGGUUUAAAUGCAAAAUCUGCUAGGUUAAAUUAUCAGCCACAAUUGAAAUGCGAGAAAUUAAGAGGAGGAACAUUUUUGGCAAGAAAUGCUCCAACUAGACAGACGAAGACUGUUGAUUCAUUUGCAAAUUGUAGGAAAGAUAAAUAUAAUCCUCAUUGCAGGGAAAUUGGAGCUAACUUGAUUAGCUUACGAUUCAGCCCAUUUGUGAUUUCUAUGUUGUAAUCAGCUUUUAGUUUAUAUAUCUUCGCAAAUUGUUCUCAGAGUGUUUACCGCAUACAUUUCGAUGGCUGAGCAGUAAAAAGACUAUUCAGUGAGACUAAUGUGACACAAUGUAGUUGGAAAAUACAGUAUUUAUUUACUUGUAGUAUUUUAUGCGCGAGAACGUAUUUACUUCGGGCAGUGUGUAUUCCAGUUCAGAGAUUUGCUCCGUAUACGACGUUUUCCCUAAAUUCUAUAGCUUUAACAAAAUCACGUGUAAACCGUUUGAUCUAUUUAGCCAGGAUGCAUUCUGUAGAUUAUUGCAACCACAGAUAUCUAUGUGUAUAUUUGCCUAAGUUGUUUCCUAGGCUAGCGCAAGCAUGGUUCAUGGCAUAAGUAUUACCCGCACGGACAGAUAUUUAAAUGAGCAAAGACUGUAGACAUAAUAUGUUCUCAAUCGAGAAUAAGACUCGAUUUAAUGGGGAAAUCCCUCUUUGUUCUGUCUCCACAUUGUUAAUGCAUCCGAUUUUUUACUUUUUCAUUCACUUUCUGUGUUUGAUUUUCACACGCUCGAUCGAUGAUUCAAACGUCUUCUGGACCCCAUGCGUACUGUGAGAACAUUGAUUUAUAACAAGUAGACUUAAUUCAAUAAUGCACAAGGUCUCGCCGCACUGCACAAACGUGUGCUGUACGAUAUACCUACCUUUAAUCAGAUAAGCUAAGUGCUUCUUCGUUGCAGCAAUUCUGAUAUGAAGACUUAUUCUUUAUUUGCCCAUUAAUUUACUCGUAUUUACGGGGUAUGACACGGGGGAUAGGUGCCAGAACGGAGCCUUCAUCCGAACGUCCAGAAUAGAAAGAUAACUGAACCAUCGUCUAAAAUAGAUUCUCCCGCUUCGUUUGAGUUUAAUUUCACUUCAACUCGCAGUUCUACCGACAUCUGAGCUGACUUGUAUAGUAACUGAUGAAAGUUUCUUGACAUUCUAAACUCAACAGCAAGAUUCAGUUCUUUCAAUACAAAGAAAGGUUUGAUCAUAAUACAAAGACAAGCAAAAGCUAAUGGCAAAAUAUUCAAUGACUUUUAUCUUCGGGUUUCUCUUGACACCGCUUAAAGUUACAUGUAAAUAGACAUAUUCAAAGUUGUCUAAAAUAAUCAUUUUAGCUUUUCAAACACGCUGCUGAGUUACAGGAACUGCUUUGCACUAAAUGAAUCUGAUUGGACAAUUGGAGAUGAAAUCUUAGUUUACACUUCAGCACUCUGUGUAAAAGACAAUGUAACUUCCUUUUUGCACUUCUUUAGACCAAUGAACGGUUUUUCACGUUUGAGGAGGUAAUAACAACAAAUAAUAACUUACGUUAUUUAUUUCUAGUGUCAGAUAAAAAUAGGAGUUUCCCGCUGAGCAAGGACAAUAUUAAAAACAAAACACAAUGCAAAUAUUAUCUUCAAUCAUAAGCUCAAUUUAAAAUUAAAUUUGAGCCCCUCCCCCGUCCUAAAUUUCUAUGCAAAAAUUGGUCUAUUGGAAUAAUAUUAUUACACAAAGACGAAUUAAUUCGUCUUUGUGUCGGAAGAGUUCGCUAACGGAAAGGGAGUAUAGCUCUUGUGUUCGGUCAUUGACAAACUGAUGCAAGUGACUAGGCUUAAUCAACAUAUUUUGCAUCAGACGGGUUAUUUUGAAAUUUGUGAGCUUUGAUGUCCUGUCAGUGACAGGUAACAUACUGAACCGACAAGUAGCCUUGUCUUGCGCUUUUAGGCCUUACUGCUAACAAACAGAAGUCCACUGUGAUUGGCGGUUUCCUGGCCAACAGUUCAUCAUUGCUACAAAGUACAACAAACAAGUUUGAUUGUCUAUAACAUGAAGUGUCCUUCAUAAGAGAGGCACCUCGUCGAAGCCAUCAGCGCCUUUCAAAGUGCUAAGUAUAUUCCAUCGAUAAUUGCUGACAUCGACUAACAGCUUUCGUCUUUUCAAUUUACAUGUAAAUUUAAUAGUGGCGACAAGGAGACCCCGAGACGUUCAAUUUUUCCAUUAGUCUCUGCAAUUAGUUUACCGCUCCGGGAAUUUAUUGUUAAGCCAUUAAGAUUUUUAUGCCUGAUCAACUAGAUUGAAGGUGAUUAGAAAAGAAUACAAACAUCGUGUGCGAGCCCGCGUAGACUUACAUUUCUUCUAGAAGAGAAUAUAUCGAAGUAAUUUUUCUCGUAAAUUGAGCAAUUUAUAUGUGUCGCCGAUUGAAAUAAAAAUGAAAUGUUGCUACAACUAAAUCUAUAGGCGUCGUUAGUCCCGCAUCAAUCGUACAAUUGGUCAUUCGAACCGGGCAACUGGAGACAGUAGGUAAAAGACAGACUUUUUAAGAACAGCAUUAGAACACACGGUUAAAUUACAAACAUUAUACUCAUAAAGGGCUUGCACGAGAAAUGAAUUCCGCUUUUUGUCUUCAGUUUACUGUAUUGAUCAGAGAACAGUUUUCUUGGAUAGCAGGCUGUGAGCUUGACUUCGUUCAGGUUCGUGUGCUCUCGUGAGAUCACGGGAGAUUCCGAGACAAGCAUAAACAAAACCAAUGGUCAUAAUUUUGAAGCUGUGUGUCAGUCACAUUCACAAGCGUAUUAUUUGUCCUGUUUAGACAGAAAUCGAUUCAUAUUCCUGUGGACAAAAAGUUCCGCUUUUGUGAUAUUAGUUUUUAUUAGUUUUUUGUCCUAGUUUUGUUGGGGCUCACACAAUUUUGUUUGAAUCAAAAUACUCUGAAAGUGCAAAUAUUCAAGUCUGGUACAUACUCAAUUAAGAAACCUUUCACCUGUUUAAAGAUUUAAACAAAAACAUUCGUUAGUCUAAAUAAAGCAUAUUUUUUUCUCAUCUGAACGACCCGAAAAAGUAUACAAGUAAUGUUCAAACAAAGUGAAAUACUUUCAUUGAGAAAAAUUUUUUGAAUUGAGUAUUUAUUCAUUAGUAAAGCUUAGUGUUGUUCCUUCUGGCGUUAAUGUUCGGCCCGGUAUUCCGUUUUUCUGUCACCUUUUGACUGAGUUGAUAUUCCACUUGUGAAUAUUUAAUUCGGGCGGAAUUUAACAAUGAUCUUGAUUUCCAGUAAAGACGAUUCCAAAUGAGGAAAUGUUUACAUGGAUUUUAAAGCCUCGUCCCAAGGUAACGCCCAGGCCAUUAAAAUUCAUGUCCGUGGUUAAUAGAGCCCGAACACUAAAACCCUUUAAUUUUAACUUGCUUGAUAAUAAAGUCUAGUUUUUCCUAGUUUCUCAAGUAAUUUGCUAUAUAUGCACACCUUUUGUUUCGUUUCUGUGUUAAAAAUUGAACUAUAAAUUAUUGAUCACUUUGCUCCGUAAAGAAAACGACCGCUAACCAAGGUUUCGUUUUCUGCUAUAUUCUUUGCUUUUUGUGGAAGACAAAGCCCAAUUGAACUGCGCUUUUUGUGCACUUUAGUCUCGCUAAUUUUUUUGCGGAGGAGUUUGCUUUUACUUAUCUCCGCUCAUUUGCAAAAAUCGUGGGGAAAAUUCGCGGUUUUCGUCUCGAUUUACUUAAUAUUUGUCACAGCAGGAUAGAACUGUACCAGGCAUGGACGAGCUUCACAAGGAGCAACGAUUUUAGAUGGAUUUCGGCGACAAAUAAUGGCAACAUAAAAAUUUACUUCAAGGCCUCAUUUCGGAAGUAAAGCUAUUCGACGGAGUUUGGUACUGAGGUCGGCAAGUCCUGAUAAAUAUAUUUGAUACUUUUUAACUCAACUUUUAAACGUUGCAGGUCCACACUUAAUCAGUGAAUUGUAUCAGCCUUGUAUUUUGACUGUUUACAAAUUGUUUCUUGUCUUGGAUUUUUAUUGCAGCUUGACAAUUUUAUGUCCCCAACUGUUGGGCGCGCUGUCACGACGAAAAGGCAUCGACAUGUAUGCAUGAAAGAUGCCUUGAAGGGCAGCUUUACAACCGGUUACCUCCAAAGAACCACAAAACGUACCUUCGUUCAGGAUUUCACUCACUUCAAGACUGAUCGUGAGAUAAUUAGCAGCUAUGCAUGCGAUAUCAGUGGCUGCAUCAUCACGUUCUGGCUAUGAAACAGACCGCUAUAGCAGAGGAGAAAGCCUAGAAUACUACAGCUCGCAGACAGUAACGACAGCGGAUACAGGAAUAAGGGUUCGCAUCAAUGUCCGGGGACUGGUAUUCGAGACCUACGAACAAACUCUGGCCCAGUACCCCCAAACACUGCUCGGCUCGCCCAGCAAGCGCGUGGAAUAUUAUAACCCGUUGAGUAAGGAAUACUGUUUUGAUCGCGACAAAGCCGUGUUUGACUCGAUACUGUUCUUCUACCAAUCAUGCGGGAUUUUAUCGUGUCCCGAACAUAUCCCGCGAGAAAACUUUCUGGAGGAGAUCAAGUUUUUCCAACUCCACCAAGCUGAUAAAAGAUACAAGGAAGAAAUUGAACCAGAGGAGUUAAAGGACGCCAUGGAUGAACUGCCCGAAAAUCCCAUAAAGCGGAAAAUCUGGAAACUUUUCGAGUAUCCUGAUUCCUCUAUAUGGGCGGAUUUGCUGGCAAAGUUCAGUUUACUUAUUAUAAUUAUUUCUACCGUUACGUUUUGUGUGGAGACCUUCCCGAGCUUUCGACGUCACACAAUGUGUCGGGAGGUGACGUCAAACGUUUUAACAAAUGAUACAAACAUUAAUAACGAGUCAAAUUUUCUGUCGAAUAAUUCACAAGUGAUUGUGCUUGUAAAUGAGCGUCACUGUGCAGUUAUUGAACGGGGCUCGUACUGGUCGACAAUAGAAGCUGCUUAUGUCGCCUGGUUUACUUUUGAAUACAUAAUGCGAGUUAUCUCUGCUCCGAGAAGAGUCAAAUUUAUCAAGUCUGCCUUGGGCUUGGUUGACUUUUUAGCCAUUUUACCUUUUUACAUCACUCUUAUGUUCCAAGAUGAUGGGAACUUAGUGACGUCAUUUCCUGUUUUGAGAAUUAUUCGCCUUGUGCGUGUGUUACGGGUAUUGAAACUUUCUCGUUACAGCAAAGGGUUGAAAGUUCUCGCAAACACACUUUUAAUAAGCGGGAAAGACCUGCCUUCGUUGUUCGCCGUUUUAGUCAUUAACGUGAUUCUGUUUUCGAGUGUCAUCUAUUACGUGGAAAACGACAUCAAAGACAAUGACUUUGAGAGUAUCCCAGACGCCUUUUGGUGGACGAUAGUUACCAUGACCGCAGUGGGUUAUGGAGACAAGGUGCCGAAAGGUGCUUUGGGUAAAUUAAUCGGAGCUGUGUGCGCUGUGUCAGGGAUAGUCGUUCUGUUCUGUUUCCCUACACCUGUGCUCCUUUCCCACUUCGAAGAGAUGUACAAGCUGAAAGGGAGCGGUCCGGGCAAGAAAGCAAAAGAGAAAGAAAAUCAACAGGACAGCAAAGAAGACGUGGGACAAAAUCAAAUGAAGGACACGGAGGUCCGAAUGGUCGGAGAAAGAGAGCGCAUUGAGAUUUAUAUAUAAUUUUAUGUUUCAUUAUAGUCAAGCGUGAAAGAGUUGAGGGUAAAACCUGAAGUUGAAAAGUUCCGUCAAGAACUAAGGGGAAACGGUCUUUCGCUAAAAGGCCGUUUGCAUCGGAGGUGACACUUUAAUGUGCCCUGCAAAUGGCCUCUUAGUUUAUUUUAGGUCUGAAAGGAAGAGUUUCGAAGCUAUUUUGUUUUAAAAAUAUCUUCGCUUUGAUCGAGAAGUUUCUCUGUGAAAUUAACACAUCUCAAUGAACCUGUGUAGCGGAGUACGAGCGAAGAGCUUUGUCCGCAUUCUGACCGCGUGAAAACUGGGGCGAGAACAAAUAAUCGACUCAGCAGUAAGUGGUGGGGCGUGGUGGCCCAACCCCACCUCCCCCGUUCGUCGAUUUCUUUUGUCUCAUCCCGUUGUCACGUAGGGAGAACUUGUCUUUCUAUAUCAAUACUUUUUCUAAGAAAUAAUUCUCACCACCCACUCUAUGGAGGUAAAGAGAGGUUAUGAAUGGAUCAGUUCUUUUCAAAACGAAAGAGUUGGGUGUGAACGUGCUCGUGAUCAAUCUGAAGUAAUUUGCGUCCUUAGAAGUAAACUUUAAAAGUUUUGACUGCAAAUGGCACACAAAAUAAAAUCUAAAUUUAGCAUUCAGUUCAGAAGAGUAUAUUUUAUUGUUUAGUAAAAAUUGAAAAAAGCUAAGUAGAAUACAAUUUAAAGGCCCGUCAAGGUCUUCUUAAAGGAGAUGGAGCAAUAGAUCAAGCCUUUUAGAUGCGUAAUAAAUUUUAUUCAAACAACGAUA